AUGCAACACACACACAUUCCAAAAUGCUCUUCACUGUUGUGGGUUAGAACUCGCAAACCCCUCAUUCUGCUGCUCGGUCUCAGAGGUGAAGCUUGUUUGUCUGUUUCGUCUACGGUUGGAAGGUUUUCGAUAGUAAUGGAUGAACGUGACUUUAAUGCGGAGCUGUUUCUUCAAAACGAGAGGCUCAGGCAUGAGGUGGAGGAUCUGAAAACGCUGCAGAGUGUGGUGAAGGAAAAUCUGGAGCUGCGCUCGAUCCUGGACAGCUUCCACUCAACCAACCAUACGGUCAUGGAGAAAAGCCAGAUCAGUGCAGGGAGGAAAUCCAUGCUCCAGUGGCGCGACGACGUCGUGGGCGAGAGCUCGUUCAGAGACGGUCUUAUCAGACCUUGUUGCACGUCGUCUCCUCUCAGAAACACGCAGGGCAGACCUGCAUGUCCUGACACGCACUCCUCGUCCUGCCAGACGGUGAAAGAUUCUGAGAGGAUGUUGGGGGAAAUGGCCUUCCAGCUGGAGCGCAGGAUCCUCUCCCACAUCUUCUACAAACAGACGAGACUGUACGGUUUCACCGUGCAGAACAUACUGGACAAGAUCAUACAGGUGUCUACGCAUCCUCUGACGGGUCAGGUGGACGAGGCGUACAGGUCUGAGCUCAUCGAGCGCUAUGAGGAUCUGAUGAAUAGGCUCGGUGUUUUGGGCUACAACUUGACGCUCCAUCCUCCCUUCACCGAGUUCAUCAUCAACACGUACGGCAUCCUGAAGGACCGCCCGGACACACACACGGCUCGGGAGUGGGGCCACAACGACCUGGACGUCCUGCAGCGUGCGAUGAUGGAGACGGCUCCGCCCAGCCUGCUGAAAGACCUGCUGGUCCUCUUCGGCUGCCUGUCCUACCUGGCGCAGAAGGACGGAAUGCCGCUCCUCCUGUGGUAGCGCUAACUUGUGUGCGCUAUCUCACGUUCCCCAAGCUUCUACAUAACCUAAGGACUCGUGUUAGUCAUUAAAACAACCUGGAACAUGAA